AUGGCAGGGCCCAGGACGGCCGCGGCGGCGGCGCUGCUCCCGGCCGUCCUGCUGGCCCUGCUGGCGCCCUGGGCCGGCCGAGGGGCCACCGCCGCACCCACCGCACCCAACGACACGCUAGAGGCCGAGCUGGAGCUCCGCUGGGAGAGCCUGGUGGCGCGCUCGCUGGCGCGCCUGCCCGUGGCCGUACAACCCAAAGAGGUGACGGUCCAAAGCGGCGCCGGAGACUACCUGCUGGGCAUCAAGCGGCUGCGGCGCCUGUACUGCAACGUGGGCAUCGGCUUCCACCUCCAGGUGCUCCCCGACGGCCGCAUCGGCGGCGUGCACGCCGACACCAGCGACAGCCUGCUGGAGCUGUCCCCGGUGCAGAGGGGCGUGGUGAGCAUAUUCGGCGUGGCCAGCCGGUUCUUCGUGGCCAUGAACAGCAAGGGAAAGCUUUACGGCUCGCCCUUCUUCAAUGAACAGUGCAAGUUCAAGGAGAUACUGCUGCCCAACAACUACAACGCCUAUGAGUCCCACAGGUACCCCGGCAUGUUCAUUGCCCUGAGCAAGAAUGGGAAGACCAAAAAAGGGAACCGGGUGUCGCCCACCAUGAAGGUCACUCACUUCCUGCCCAGGCUGUGA